UUGCAGCGGCGUGGAGCGGGUGGGGAGCAUCAGCGGCGUCAGCGGACAGCGGCCGCGGCAGCCAGCCAGCACCAGCAGCAUGGUGGUGGAUUGAUAGGUGGGGAAGGGGCCUGCCGCUGCUGCUGCUGCCGCUGCCGCUGCUCGUUGGCGUUUCCCUUCCCCUCUUGCCCCCACUACCCACCCCCACCAUCUUCCUCUCGGGCGGUCGCGUGAACUCCCCCUCUCCCCUCGCUUUCGCGCUGCGUGCGCGGUGGCAUCAUUGGCUAUCUGGAUUGGUCCGGGUUGGGUAGUAGAGAGGCCGGCCUUCUUCUGCUUCUUCCCUGCUGCUGGCGGCGGCGGAGCGGAAUUGUGGUGUGGAGCUGUGGGGGGACUGGCGUGCAGCGUGCUCCUCCUCUUCUUGCAGAUCAUCGUUUGCCGAAUUGAAUCUGCGGGGCUGUGCGGGCGAUGUGGGUGCCGGUGGCGCCGAUGUGGAUGCGGUGGUGGGUGGUGGUUGCUGGCCUGCUCGCCGUGAUCCUGCCGCCAUCCACCGCCACGCUCUCCCCGGCCGGCAUCAACUACGAAGUGGUGGCUCUGAUGGCCAUCAAGACGGAGCUGGAGGACCCCCAUAACGUGCUUGACAACUGGGAUAUCAACUCCGUCGACCCCUGCAGCUGGAGGAUGGUCACCUGCUCCUCCGACGGCUACGUCUCCGCCUUAGGAUUGCCCAGCCAGAGCUUGUCCGGGAAAUUGUCACCCGGCAUCGGCAACCUCACCAGGCUGCAAUCUGUGCUGUUACAGAACAAUGCGAUUUCUGGCUCCAUUCCCGGCACCAUAGGAAGGUUGGGGAUGCUAAAGACUCUUGACAUGUCAGAUAACCAGCUCACGGGGAGCAUCCCAAGUUCACUUGGGAAUCUCAGGAACCUGAACUAUCUGAAAUUGAAUAAUAAUAGCUUGUCUGGAGUUCUACCUGAUUCACUUGCCACCAUUGAUGGCCUCGCUCUCGUAGACCUUUCAUUUAAUAACCUUAGUGGUCCAUUGCCCAAGAUCUCUGCAAGAACUUUCAUCAUUGCUGGAAAUCCAAUGAUUUGCGGUGCUAAGUCAGGAGAUAACUGCUCUUCUGUGUCACUUGACCCACUCUCUUACCCACCAGAUGAUCUGAAGACUCAGCCACAACAAGGCAUUGUAAAAGGCCACCGUAUUGCUACAAUAUGUGGAGCAACUGUAGGGUCAGUAGCUUUUGCCACUAUUGUAGUUGGUAUGCUUCUAUGGUGGCGUCAUAGGAGAAAUCAGCAGAUCUUCUUUGAUGUAAACGACCAAUAUGACCCAGAAGUUUGUUUAGGUCAUCUGAAGCGGUAUGCCUUCAAGGAGCUCCGUGCAGCUACUAACAACUUUAACUCAAAGAACAUCUUAGGUGAAGGUGGAUAUGGGAUAGUAUACAAAGGUUAUUUGCGUGAUGGCUCUGUUGUUGCUGUUAAAAGGCUGAAGGAUUAUAAUGCUGUUGGUGGGGAAGUUCAAUUCCAAACUGAAGUUGAAGUCAUAAGCUUGGCUGUUCAUCGGAAUCUCCUCCGUCUUAUUGGAUUCUGCACAACAGAAUGCGAGAGAUUACUUGUUUACCCUUAUAUGCCAAAUGGAAGCGUUGCUUCUCAAUUGCGGGAACAUGUAAAUGGCAAGCCAGCUCUAGAUUGGUCGAGGAGAAAGAGAAUAGCACUAGGCACAGCACGAGGUCUGCUGUACCUGCAUGAGCAGUGCGAUCCAAAAAUAAUCCAUCGUGACGUAAAAGCCUCCAAUGUGCUUCUUGAUGAAUAUUUCGAAGCAAUUGUGGGAGAUUUUGGAUUGGCAAAACUUUUGGAUCACCAGGAAUCUCAUGUUACCACUGCAGUGCGUGGGACUGUUGGACAUAUAGCACCGGAGUAUCUGUCAACUGGCCAGUCAUCAGAGAAGACUGAUGUGUUUGGAUUUGGAGUUCUCUUAGUUGAGUUGAUCACUGGUCAGAAGGCAUUGGAUUUUGGAAGAGUAGCAAAUCAGAAGGGUGGCGUGCUGGAUUGGGUUAAGAAACUUCAUCAAGAAAAGCAGCUAAGCAUGAUGGUGGACAAAGACCUGGGUAGCAACUACGACAGGGUUGAGUUGGAGGAAAUGGUCCAGGUGGCUUUGUUAUGCACACAAUACUACCCAUCUCACCGCCCUCGAAUGUCUGAGGUAAUCAGGAUGCUGGAAGGUGACGGGCUUGCAGAGAAAUGGGAAGCAUCACAGAAUGUGGACACGCCAAAGUCCGUCUCAUCGGAGCUCCUGCCUCCAAAGUACAUGGAUUUCGCCGCGGACGAGUCCUCGCUCGGCCUAGAAGCCAUGGAGCUCUCGGGACCGAGGUGACAGCCCGAUCGGUCAUCAUAGACUUGCCAUAUGAAGCACGUUGCUGUAUUACAUUGGAUUUGUUUAGGUGUAGAGCCCCUCAGGCCCCCCACAGGGGGAGGCGAAAAUUUUUUCCGGUCGAUGUAGGGCGUGUGAUGUGUUCCUGUGUGUCUAUAGCUGUGGUGGAAUUCAUUUGUACAUACAGCAGGAUUGUGUGAGGUGAGCCCAUCCUUGUUGCGCAUCCACUUGGUAGCAAAAGAGAUGAGAUGAAUGAGAGUAUAUAUAGAAAUGAAAAUUUUCCAGUGCA